CUUCUGAAGUGUACACUUGUUCACUACUUCCCACAAGUAGCAUGGAGGGAGUUUCCACCAUAUUUCUUGUACCAGUCAUUUCCUUUCGAAUCAUUGAAGGGAAGUGUACAAGUGCACACUUUGGGAGGAAAAAUAGAUAAUUGGGACGUAAACAGUUUUUUUUCUUCAGUAAUGUGUGUUUAUUUCUUUAAAAUGGUUGCGUGGUGCAUUAUGGGUAACUAACAUCACAUUAGCCAAUCAAAUGCUUUGUAUGCUGAUGCGUUGUUAUGGAGGUAAAGUCAAGCUGAAAACAUAGGAGACUGAUCAAACUUGGAUUAUACAUAUAUUUGAAACUUGCAUGAACUAGCCAGCGAAUUUUCUAAGUAUUUCGAAAGCUUUUUUUUGUCUUCAGAAUUGCCAAUACUGGCUCUUUGCUCUUAACUUUACGUUACUUUUGGUCUAGCUAGCAAGCUAACGUUAGCUAGCUGGCUAAAUUAGCUUAGUAGUUAGAUAUCUAACAGCCAGCCCUCUGUUCAGUAGAGAAUGGCCUCGACCGAACGGUUGAGUGCCUUGCGAGAGCGCAACAAAGACUUGUUGAUGCAAUUGAGGCACCAAACCGAAAGACUAUUGACUAUCACCGGCACCAAAGGCAGCUCGGAGAAUGAUUCAAACCGGACAGCACAAAACAACACAACAAAAAACCCAGGUCAGAAUAAAGAAAAAAGCCCCUCUGCAGAGAACAUGGUGACCCUGGUAGAUGGUGACUUAUGUACUGCCAGGUCUGUUCUCAGUAAACCUACUGUACAGUUCAAGGAGAGAGACAACACUGAAACACAGACAACAGCCCCACUGAGAACUGAAGGUGAGGCAGUGGAAUCUGUGAAUGUCACCCUCUGUCAAACCUCUACACCAUACCUUAUCACGGGAACCAAGCUUAAACCAGGCCAAGCUGCAGAGCACACUACUGUUCACACAGGAUUGAUUCAAGACCGAGGCAACGGCAGUCCAGCAAGUCUUGUCAGAUCACUGGAUAUUAGGAGGCCCUAUACCAGGCCUAUUCGCUAUAAUCAGGAGAGUGACCGGAGGGAGGUGGGUAAAGUCACAUUCCAAUCCCCUGGACUGGAGCAGACAUCAGCCUCAGACAGACAGCGUCUGCAGCCUUUACUGGGCUAUGACUGGAUAGCAGGGAUUGUGGAUGCAGAAAGCUCCUUGACAGAGCGCUCUGAGCAGUUCUUCAGUGAUCUGCGCACUUUCCGACAGGUCAACAGAGAUGAGUGUGUCCACAGCCAACAAGCAGGAUUAUCUGAAGAGGACCUCUCACCCCCACCACUGUCAAUAGAGAAGGAAGACCAACAGCACACCAUGGAUACUCACCAGUGUACGUUCUGUUACAGGAUCAACAGCCGACUGUUCCCAACCCCGUUGGAUUCUCAGGAGUCAUGCCCUGUGUGUAAGAAGCCCAAAUCCCAAAUCCCCCACACUGUGGCUGAGCCAGCCUUUAUCAGGGUCAGCAUCCCUCGCUCCACGCUGUUGCCAGCAUACCAGUACAAAGCCCAUCGGAGGUGUAGCUUUGACCCCUCCGACACCCUGGGUCUACCAUCGCACUGUCUGUCAGGCUGGUCUAACACAGUCCCCAGCACUGGGCCCCAGCUCAGCAGCCUGGAUCUGAGGAGCUCUGUGGACAUGAAGGCAGCAUUCUGUGGAGUCCCCUCUGCACAGCCACAGUCUAAGGAGCAACUGGAUCUUUCAGUGUCCAGAGUGUCUGGCAGUCAGCGCUCUGACCAGCUGCUCGACGUGUCUCGUUUGGCCGGCUACCGUUUCCAGCGCCUGCCUCCCAACAACAAACCACACAGCCCGUCCUACCCUGUGUUCUGACAACCUAACAGCACUAUAAAACCUGUGUAGUAUGAUGAUUUCAUAUUUUUACAUGGCUGAAAUAUUUAAUAAUGAUGCCGAAUUAACCCUCAGCAGUUUUAACGUAGGAUUCUGAAUGACAUUGUGCCUAUUGAAUCAUUAAUUUAUCUUAAUUUUCUACGAUACACUUAUAUAAUGUGUUAAGUGCUUGAUUUUCGUGUUGAUGACCUACAGAUUUGAUUUAAGGUGCAAUAUGCAGAAAUUGCUCUGCCAUUUCCUGGUUGCUAAAAUUCUAAUAGUUUAUGUGAUAAAA